ACGUAACCGCGCAGCCAUUUCUGUGUGCGCCGUAGUGCACGUACAGCGUAUCGACGGGCGCGAGCUGUCAAACGAAAACAAUCUACUAUUUGUGAAGAUUUGUGACGCUUUAUCAACUGAGAAAGCUUAUUUACUAUGUUAGAACAGAGGCCUAUCUCUUAAUGGUUUAUUAUUAAUAAGGCAAUUUAAUUGAAACAAAUAAGGUACAAUUCUGCAUCUUGUCCAUCACUGCACUCCUGAACUACCAUGGAGGGUUGCCAUUUUUCCUGUUCGUUUUAUAACUGUAAACGGACCUACAAUCAUCCAGAUGCUCUGAACACCCACCUGAAGGAUCAUCAUAAGAUCCCCGCACAAUCCCUGCCUGGUAAGUCCUUCCUGUGCUCGACGAUAGGAUGUGAUGGAUCAUUCUCCAGCAUGCAGCAGCUGAUGGAUCACAUGAGGCAUCACCACAAGCCAAAUUAUUUCUUCCUAUGCGAGAGCUGCAGGGCCAAGCUCCGCUCCUACCGCACCCUCCUCAAACACCUCCAGACGUGCGCCAAGGUCGCCAAAAGCAAAGCGGCGAGAGUGGAGGGAGGUCCGGCACCCGAUUCAGCUUUUCCCGGCGCUGAUUUUGAUCCUGCUGGUUCUUCAACUGGAGAUGAUUCUCAGCAGAUGGAUUCUGACCCCUCGCUUCCUCCUCAAGCUCUGUUCCACACGGCUUCAUCGGACCAAGCGUCCUCGACUCCUCUGGUGGAAUCUGCUGCUGCAUUUGAGGCUGUAAGACCCCAGAAUCAGCCGGAUGCUCCCUACAGCCCGUUUCCACCCAGCCUGUCUCCUGCACCCGAUCCCGAGCCACAGCGCUCGCCCAGACCCGGUCCGGUCGGCAUAGUGACCUCCUUGCCACAAACUACGCCCGGGUCUAACGCUGUCUGGAGGAAGAACCAAGCAGACUUGCCUGCGCCCAUUUUGCACAGAUGGAACUCUCCUCAGGCUUUGAGUAGAGAGGAAGUCCAGUCCUUUAACAGCAGGAUCCUAUGGGAGCACACCAGGGGGCGCUACAGCUGCCUUCAGUGUGGUUAUUCCACCCCCGAGCGCAAAGAGAUGACGGCACACAUCGAGGGCCAGCAUAGGAGCCCGGGGGCCAAAACUAACGACGCGGACGCAGCAGUCGGGUCACCUUCAUCCCUGGUUAAAACCUCAACAAACUCUGAGAACAUGAAUUACACCCAGCUUUAGAUUCACAGCAGAUGAUAAACUUCGGAAUUGGGUGGUCGUUGUAGCUCGCAUGAGGUGAACGGAUUGGAAAAUUACAUGAUGCAUGACCUACGUUUAUAUUUUCAAUUCAGCUCAUAAUGACUUUAUAGCGAAAUCCCUUCAACAGCUUGAUGUUCCACUUAUUUUCAUUUUUCUUUUAGAUUGUAAUUAUGCUGAAGUGGGAUUUUUAUUUUUUAUUUUUUUUUGUUACUAACCUCUGUGAGUGCAUACCACAGCAGUUUGUAUUUGCUUCAGUGGUGACUUCUAACCGAUUUGCUCUUGAUUGUACAUGGAUGUAAGUGCAUCAUUGUUGUUCUUGCGAUGUUUUGAUAUCAACGUAAACAUUUUUUAAAUGGA